AAUAAAGCUGUGAAUGUGCACUGAUUUAUACUCAGAUGCUUGCUUCAUCAGCUGAACAACUUGUUGCCCACAAACACACAUCUGUGAAAUUCCUCUCCACCACUUGAACACAUCCAUCACUCUCCUUUAGCCGUAAACACUCAGCAGUUUCGUUUUGUUUACCCUGCUAAUUCACCCUUUCUAGUUCUAACCUUGAGUUCAGAAAGUGGAAUAAACAUUUUUUGAUUAGCGUGUGACUUUAAACGCACGUGACGUUCCCUCAAAAUAACGCACGGUUGUAAUUUUUGCAGACAAAGAGCGCCAGUAUGUGACGAGACUGCAGAGGCCAGUGCUGAAUGAACCGGCUGCCUCCAGAGCCGUUCUCAAAACACUUACCCGGCAGAGACAGGCAAGAGGUAUAAACACAAAUAAUUAGUGUUGGCCUGUCCACAUCCCAGGGCAACGGCGAGUAUAUCACACUGCCCUCACCUCUGACAUCCCACUCUCUGCCACUCAAGUGUUAAAUGAAUCAGCUGCAUACAUAAAGUGUGUCAUUAGGCUGAUUCCCUCCUUUCUCCUCCUCCUCAUCUGUUGCUGCAUGAGAGCCAUAAAUACAGCUGCUCCAUUGUAUGGUGUUCUGGUCCUCACAUUUGUUUGUCAGGCGGGAGCUCCAGGCUCUCCUCUCCACACACCCCUCUCCUUCGCUCUGAGACGAUUCUUUAAAAGACAUGGAUGAACAAAAGAAGACUUUAUCCCGUCCCAUCUUCCGCCGAGAUGUGGGCUGGGAACCCUUCCCAAACUGGACUCAGCCGAGCCACAUCUUUGCACAAGAUUUUGGGCUCCCUCCUUUCCUGGAGCCCAGUGAUCUGGACUGGCUCGACUGGGCGAAGAAGAGGUUGGCUUCUUCCUCCUGGCCGGGUUUCGCCCAAACUCCCCUUCUGCCUCUGUUUGUGGGUCAGAACCCCGGGGUGCUGGAUCCUAAGACUCUGAGACAGUUGACAAGCGGAGUGUCGGAGAUCCGGACAGGACAGAACAGCUGGAAAGUCAACCUGGACGUCAAUCACUUCUCACCAGAGGACAUCACCAUAACGACAAAGGAGGGUUAUCUGCAAAUCUCAGGAAAUCACGAAGAGAGGCAGGACAAGCAUGGCCUAGUUUCAAGGUGCUUCACUCGUAAAUACAAGUUACCACAGGGGGUGGAUUUGCAGCACAUCAGUUCAUCUUUGAGCGGUGGAGUCCUGUCUGUCGAGGCUCCCGUUGCUGGGACGUCCAUCAGCAACCCGAGCUCUGAGAUGGUUGUUCCGGUUCAGAUCAGACAGACACAGGAUGAGGAGAAGUGAGGGGUCCAAACUCCGCACCAACGUUUCUCAGACUGAAAUAAAGAAAAAAAGAUGAAUGUCACACAACAGUGGCUUACUAACAUUUGCCUACUAAGUUUGCUUACCUGCAAUUAAAAAAAAUAUACGCUUAUUAAAUUAUCAACAGCAACAGAUCAGCAAUAAACAAAGCUUUGCAGAAAAACAAGCUACAUGACUUAAGGGGGGUCAAUGUGUGAAAAUUAAAAAAGUAAAUCUCUAUUACUGUAAUUAGUCAUUUUUAUGUCAAUAUUAAAUCAAUCUGGAAAUGACUUAAUCAAACUAAUUUAUAAUUGUAUCAAAAACGCACAGAGCUAUAAACGGAACCUUUUUUUCUUUGUUAAUAAAUAAAAAUGUAUUUUAUUUUGUAGGCCUAUGCAAAAAUGCUGUUAUGGUUAAAAACCUGCCUGAAUAUUUAAAUGUUUAUUGAACCUGUUUAAAGCCUUUGCUGCAGCGCAGCAUUAACUAGUUCAAACGGUCACUGUGGGUCAUCAGCAAGACAAUAAUAUCACAAUAACAGCAAGGCAUGAAAAGUCGACAUAAAUUAUUUUUGCAAAGAAAUAAAACAUAGUGACAUGUUUAAUAAAUACAAUUUUAAAUUAUUAACAGCUUUUUUUUUAGAAUGUAAUAAAAUAAAGAUGUUAAAAUGCAUUUAAUGAUUUGUGAAUUUGUCAUAUUGCAGCACUUUUUGCCUUCCAUACAAGUAAAAUAACUAGCUUAUCACAAUAAAAUGUACUUAAGAUUUAACAUCUUAUAGCAUGUGUUUUAAAUGAUACAUAUUAGGCUGUAGGACUAUGCAGUAAAGUAUUUUAGAUCCUGUAAUGCACUGUUUCUGUUGUAUAUGUUUGUCAAACUGUCAAAAAAGAAAAUACUAUAGUAGUAGUACUAAAAUACUAAAUGUACAUCUAGAGACACAUCUGAAAAUAAUAUUUCUUCUUUGUGAA